AUGAUCGACGGUCUCCGAGUACCUAGUAAUUUAGAUGCCGAUAAUUUUCUUUCGGGUCUUCAAUACAAAGCUCAACCUGGUGAUAUAUUCAUUGCAACCUACCCAAAAUCGGGUACCACUUGGAUGGAAGUAAUUGUAUACAGUUUACUCAACAAUGGAAAACCGUUCGAUGCUGAUAUUGGUGAUUAUUUGAUGCGAACUCCGCAUCUGGAAAAAGUAGGCGGAUAUACUGUUAGCACAAUGGUUCGACCAGGUUCGAUCAAAACCCAUUUGCCAUUUGAUCGCAUUUCUUAUCAUCCACAAGCGAAAUACAUUUGUAUUAUUCGCAAUCCUAAAGAUGUCUGUGCCUCAUUCUAUCGAUUUCUUGAGAGAAAUCCAUUGUCGAAGUAUUUUGAGUGCCAAUUCGAUGAGUUUUUCGACGAUUUUCUCAAAGGCCAAGUACCAUUAUGUGACUAUUUCGAAUAUUUACAUUCGCUACUGCCGUACAAAGAUCGUGAAAAUGUCCUGAUCAUCAGUUAUGAACAGAUGAAACGAGAUAUCCAUUGUGUCAUUCGAAAAGUGGCUCAAUUUCUCAAUAUCGAAUUGAACGCUCAGGAUGAAUUAUUGGAUCGUGUAGUGGCCACUUCUUCAUUCGAAUACAUGAAGAAGAACUUUGACAAGGCUCGCAAUGAUUUCUAUGCACACGCAACGAAUGACCCAAAAAUACCAAGAGUUCCAUUAGCAUUUGUUCAAACUGGAAAUAUUGGAGGCGGGAAAUCAUACAUGAGUGAUGAACAGAAACAACAAUUUGACAAAGUCUUGGCUGAAAAAAUGCGAGACAUGCCAGAAUUCGAAGCACUUUGGCAGUGAAAGGAAAAAAUAAAUAUGAUUCCAACAAAUUAUAAUCUAUUCCAUUUUCUUUUUGAAAGUUAAGACCCCGUCGAAUUAUAAAUGAAUUUGAAACUCGAGUUUUUUUUUAUUUAAAUAGAUUAUUAUAGUGUGGGGUGUGGGUGUGGAUUUGGGUGUCGGUGUGGGUGUGGGUGUGGGUGUGUGGGUGUGGGUGUGUGGGUGUGGGUGUGGGUGUGGGUGUGGGUGUGGGUGUGGGUGUGGGUGUGGGUGUGGGUGUGCGUGGGGGUUAACAGGAUGCCCACACCCACCCAACAUCCACCCCCACAC